AUGGUGUACAAUUCGUUGACUGAAGUUCCGCGCAACCUCAAAGAGGGUAUUGACUGGUUGGUAGCCCUGAGGGGAACUGAUGCUGAAAAGAACUUGGCGGCUAUGGGCGCCGCACUUCACAAAUUCCUCGCUGACAAGCCCGUUGGGUCAACGAAAGUGCCAGCUCUCGAGAAAGUUAAAUGUAUUUCUAAGGAGUUCCUGGAGCAACCAGCACUUAAAUAUAUCUGGCCUGCACGAGAGAUUCUAAGGAAAUUCAAUGACCCUAUGUAUAAAGAGUGGGGUUCACUCAAGUGGUUUGGAGACCUCCAGAAAAGCGAUUAUGAGAACGUCAUAAAGACCAGGGGCACCAAGCCUGAAACUAUCUCAAAGAACUUAGGUAAAGCUCUGGCUGGUUGUGAGAAGUUCCUGGAAAAUGUCAAAAUACCUGACCAGUACGAGUCUGCUUACAGCUCAGAAGCAACAUGGGAGGCAUCAUGCGCGCAGGACCCAGAAACUUGCGCAGUUAUCCUGGUAGGGAUUGCGCCAAUGUUGUACACAGGUCUACGUUCUUUGCGGGAAGCGAGCAAUGCUCAAAGCUAUUGUUACGGGUCAGUGUGCAUGACUCCGAUUAAUUUGGGAGAUGUGGUGAAAGCUGUAGGUUACAAAGACCCAGGGUGUCGUGCUGGCAUGAGAGACUCAGAUAUUCUCAAGGCGUUGAAAGGUAUGAGUUAUCAAAUGUUGAUCACGCUCUAUGACCUCUCUGGAUUCUGGGCUUUCUAUGGAUCUGGUAAAGCAGGAGCCGCAAAAGCUGUAGCAGCUCCCAGCAACCCCUCUGUCAAAGGUGGAAAAUAA